GGUCACCUUGAAACGUCAAAGUGUGUCACCUUGGUUGCUGCUGAGCGGGCAUACAAAAGAGAAUAUACCGUUUUCUCCGCUAAAUUUCGCAAAUUUUGGAUAAAUUUUCGUAAUUGUUGUAUCGAGUGACUCAAAGCAAAGAAGUUCCAGUGCGUGCUAUAAGGCAUAAGCCAACGUACGUGCUUCCAUAUCUCAAUACUUUGGUGUGUGCUAAACGGUUAAAAGCGGUGGAUGCAAUCUGUGCUAGAGAGUAAUAAGUGUUGAAGAGCAGUCUUAAGUCUGGGACUCUUUCGCUAUUCUUAAGUGAUUUAAAUAGACCGUUGAAAUUGAAAUAUAGUUUAAAAUACUCAUAGUAAAACGCACUUUGUCAACGCAUAAAUAAUUUAAUACUGUUUAUUGAAAUUAAUUGAAAGCAGAGUAAAAAACCGAAAAAAUGCCAAACGAACGUUUCAUUGAGCGUGGCUCACAUAAGGGCAAAGGACUUGCAGUUUUCACCAGUGGUGGCGACUCGCAGGGCAUGAACGCCGCUGUGCGUGCGUGCGUACGCAUGGCUAUCUACUUGGGAUGCAAGGCCUACUUCAUUCGAGAAGGCUACCAGGGCAUGGUCGAUGGUGGUGACAAUAUUGUUGAAGCCAACUGGGCAUCUGUGUCUUCUAUCAUCCAUCGUGGCGGUACAGUAAUUGGCUCAGCACGUUGCGCUGAAUUUCGCGAACGUGCCGGUCGUCUAAAGGCCGCAUUCAAUUUGAUUCAAAAAGGCAUCUCCAAUUUGGUUGUAAUUGGUGGUGAUGGCUCACUUACUGGUGCUAACUGCUUCCGUAACGAGUGGUCCGGUUUGUUGGAUGAGCUGCUCGAGUCCAAGAAGAUUACACCCGAGCAACGUAAGAAGUUCGACGUGCUACAUAUUGUGGGCAUGGUCGGUUCCAUUGAUAAUGAUUUCUGCGGCACUGACAUGACCAUCGGUACCGAUUCGGCUUUGCACCGCAUCAUUGAGGCUAUCGAUGCCAUUGUGAGCACUGCCUACUCACAUCAACGUACAUUCAUCAUGGAGGUCAUGGGUCGUCAUUGUGGUUAUUUAGCCAUUUCGGCGGCUUUAGCUAGCGAGGCUGAUUUCAUAUUUAUCCCAGAGGAGCCGGUCGCUGUUAACUGGCCCGAAAAAUUGUGCAAAAAAAUACUGCAGGAGCGUAAUGCUGGUCAACGUUUGAACAUUAUCAUCGUCGCUGAGGGUGCCAUCGAUCGUGAGGGCAAUCCCAUUACCGCUGAGGAUGUCAAGAAAGUGGUUGUUGACAAGCUGCAGCAGGAUACACGCAUCACUGUGCUCGGUCACGUGCAACGCGGAGGCAAUCCCAGCGCCUUCGAUCGUGUGUUGGGUUGCCGCAUGGGCGCCGAAGCUACGCUGGCACUUAUGGAGGCCACCUCCGACUCGGUGCCCUGUGUUGUCUCCUUGGAUGGCAAUCAGGCAGUGCGUGUGCCACUGAUGGAGUGUGUGGAACGCACCAAAGAAGUUGCACAAGCGAUGGCGGAGAAGAACUGGGAGUUGGCGGUGAAAUUGCGUGGCCGCUCAUUCGAACGCAAUUUGGAGACCUACAAGAUGUUGACACGUCUGAAGCCACCAAAGGAGUUGAUCGCAAGCGGACGGGAGGGUUACCGUCUAGCCGUGAUGCACAUUGGCGCACCCGCUUGUGGCAUGAAUGCUGCCGUACGUAGUUUUGUGCGUAACUGCAUUUAUCGUGGUGACAUCGUAUUCGGCGUACAUGACGGUAUUGAGGGUCUCAUUGCCGGCAAUAUCAAGGAAAUGGGCUGGUCCGAUGUAACCGGUUGGGUGGGUCAAGGUGGCGCCUUCCUCGGCACUAAACGCACACUGCCCGAAGGCAAAUUCAAGGAGAUUGCCGCACGCCUCAAGGAGUUCAAAAUUCAAGGUUUACUCGUAAUUGGUGGUUUUGAGGCCUAUCAUGCCUGCGGCCAGAUUUCCGAUCAACGUCCCAACUAUCCCGAGUUCUGCAUCCCCAUGGUGGUUGUGCCCUCAACAAUUUCGAAUAAUGUUCCUGGCACCGAAUUCUCGCUCGGUUGCGAUACCGGUUUGAAUGAGAUUACUGAAAUUUGCGAUCGCAUUCGCCAAUCGGCGCAGGGCACCAAGCGGCGCGUGUUCGUCAUUGAGACAAUGGGUGGCUAUUGCGGUUACCUCGCCACUUUGGCUGGUCUGGCUGGUGGUGCUGAUGCUGCUUAUAUUUAUGAGGAGAAAUUCUCCAUUAAAGAUCUGCAACAAGAUGUUUACCACAUGGCAUCCAAAAUGGCGGAGGGUGUGCAGCGCGGUUUGAUUUUGCGCAAUGAGAAGGCAUCGGAGAACUAUAACACCGAUUUCAUACAUCGUCUGUACUCGGAGGAGGGCAAGGGGCUCUUCUCGUGCCGUAUGAAUAUUUUGGGUCACAUGCAACAGGGUGGCUCACCCACACCAUUCGAUCGUAAUAUGGGCACCAAAAUGGCGGCCAAAUGCGUUGAAUGGUUGAACGAUCAAAUCAAGCGCAAUACCAAACCAGAUGGCACGGUACGUUGCGAGAGCAGCGAUUCUGCUUGUCUGCUCGGCAUUGUGCGUCGUCAGUACCGUUUCACACCGUUGGCCGAUUUGAUUGGCGAAACCAACUUUGAACAACGCAUCCCCAAAACACAGUGGUGGCUCAAAUUGCGUCCACUCCUGAGAAUUCUCGCCAAACAUGACUCUGCCUACGAAGAAGAGGGUAUGUACAUUACUGUGGAAGAGGAAUGUGCUACCGAUGCCGUUGCUUAAGUAUUGGCUACAAUGUAGACAACCAAAAUAGUCGUCGUGUAGCAAGUGACCAAACAACCAUACACUAAAGUAUAUGUUACUCGUAUUAAAAAACAAAACAACGCCAGUUGCUAUAAAGUAUAUAAGCUAAAAAAGUUUGCCGAAGAAAAAAGCACAACAAACAUAAUCAUGAACAAAUAAACACAAAAUUAAAAGUAAAAGUAAACAACAUUGCAUACACAAAAUACAUAUUUAUCUCAUCACAUGGUGCGCAAAGCACGUCAUCAAUUAAUUUAAAUAAUUAUUAUGUUCAUAACAUUUACACACAUUUACAUAUAUACUUGUUUCAUAAUGUGCAGAAUAAAAAAAUGACACUUGAAAGUUGUUAACAAAAAACUCAGGUUUCUAGCAGAAUUCUACACAAAACAACCGCUGUUUAAUGUAGGCGUAAACAAAAUUGUAUAUUUUAUAUCCUGUUUUUUUUGCUGAUAAUUUUGGUUUUUUUAUUUUUUAUAUAAUUUAAUUUUUAUUUUAUAUAAUUUCUUCUAAUUUAUAAUUAAUUUUUAACUUUCUCGUUUUGCCACACUCUUUACUCGAGUAGCUGGCUCGCAAUGUAGUAUUAUUAUGUUUAUAUUUUGUUUUUGACCUUGUUUAAGUUUAGUGUGGCGUUUUAAACGAAGGAAAAAAAAACAAAAAAAACUGAUAUUAAUUUGUAGUUUGAUUAGUUGCAAAUUAUAAAAGUAAAAUAAAUGUUGUAGCGCAAUACUAAAAAGCAAAAUAUACCACAAUUAAAACAUCGA